UUAUAGCAUAAUCAAACAGAAAAUGAGCAGUGGGAAAUUUCUGUUGAUCAUGCUUAAUUACUUAUUGGGCAUGCGUGCUGGGUACCCACGUGACUACCGUGCACACGGACAGGUGCAGAGGCAUUCUAUGGCAUUCAAUACAAAGCAAUAUUCGUUUCUUGUCCACUGCCAUUUUCCCAUUCUGACGGCGUAAGGGUAGAGACAGGCGGUAUCUCAGUCGAUAUUGGCGGUGUGCUUGCUAAGCCGAGUCGCUGAUAGGCUGGAGACGGAGGAGGGCGAAAAGUGACCGGUGUCGUUCAGGUCCCCGUUCGUUCCCUCUUUACUCAUGAACGGCAAGCAGCACUCGACGGUGGGCCUGUCCCCGUCUCUCAGCCAUGGCUCCCUCCCCACGGGGAGAUACUCCCCUCCCUAUCGACCCCCGGAACGUAUGCGAUGCAUGACUGGUUCCACGGGCAAUUUCUUUGGAGGCUUGGAUGAUGGCUUGUUGGCGAGGGCGGAGGCAUUGGCCGCCGUGGAUAUCCCCAAGUGUCCGUCAGCCCAGUUGAUGAAAUCGGAUGGCUUGUACGGACACACCCCAGAUCUGGCACCCCACCAGAUGACCUCCUCACGACCUCAGAUGUCUAUGCACGCGCACACCACCCCGUUCGGAUCCGGAGAUUCCAUGCUGGACCAGCUGACCGGCAACCCACCCGGAAUGACCCUGGGCCCCGUCUCCAUGCAGGAGCAUCACCACCAUAACAACCACGUGGUCAGCUCUCACUCCCACACACACCAGAUGUACCCCCCGGUGUACACCCACCCCAACAGCAUGAACACCCACCCCGGCCUCACGUCCCACCAUGCGGCUAUGCACCACCCCGUGCACGACACUGACUGUGACCCUCGGGAACUUGAAGCGUUUGCCGAGAGAUUCAAACAGAGAAGAAUAAAGCUGGGUGUGACUCAGGCUGACGUGGGGUCAGCUUUGGCCAACUUGAAGAUCCCGGGGGUGGGGUGUUUGAGCCAAAGCACGAUUUGCCGGUUCGAAUCUCUUACUCUAAGCCACAAUAACAUGAUCGCUCUCAAGCCCAUUCUUCAGGCGUGGUUAGAAGAGGCAGAGAAGGCGGCCCGGGAUAGAAAAGCUGAGGGGGAGAUGAUGGGUGGUGCCGACAAAAAGCGAAAGCGUACGUCAAUUGCCGCACCCGAGAAAAGAUCCCUCGAGGCGUACUUCGCUGUUCAGCCAAGGCCUUCAGGAGAAAAAAUCGCUCAGAUUGCUGAGAAGUUAGAUUUGAAGAAAAACGUUGUUCGUGUGUGGUUUUGUAAUCAAAGACAGAAACAGAAACGAAUGAAGUUCUCCGCGGGAGGCCUUGUUCAUCACUGAACUCAAUUUCAGAGGCAGGGACUAGGCAAUACUCACCAUUCGGAGCGCCACCCCACCCCUGUUCUCCCCGACCCCAGGACUAGCGGUCGGUGGGGCAAGGCUGUGGGGAGGCACUGCCCUAGGUUCAUGUGCAAUGUGUUUCUCAGGACAGCUAUACGCUCUCGCUUGUGCAAACGGCAAAACAGCGCACAGAGAGAAACGGCGAGUGCUUUUGUGACAAUACUGACGAGAAUCGUUUGGGAUUCUCGUUUUUUGAACUAUUCUGGUCCGAGCUUGAUGUAUAUAUACUACGUAAGUAUGAGUGUUGACACUGUUGAUUUUGUACUAUAAAUUAUUAUUUAUGUUUGAGAAAUUUAUUUGUGAACUGUUUCUCACGAGGACUUUUUGAAGGUUGGUACCCCAACAGAACCACCAUGCGGCAUAUUACUUAUGUAUAGACUCAAUAUUCACUGCAUCACUGCAUUUUUACAAAUGUAUGCUUUUUCUGUGUUAUUUUGUCGGUUUAUUCAGUUUUCAUAUAUGGACAUCUAUAAGCCAUGUUCUUACAAGCGAACAAAAAUCAUUCUGAAUUUCAAAGCAUUCUAAAUCAAAUGCGUCACUGCCAUUGAAACGCAAUACCGAGACCUCCCAUCUAGAAACAGUGACGCCAUUUUUGUUUUCUGUUUGUAGAACGUGUAUCUCAGGAAGCCAUGAAGUAAAUAUGUUUGUGGAUUUUUAAAAUCGUAUUUCCAUCAUUCCCAUGUGUCCUAAGACAGUAAAGCGUCUCCCUGUCGAUGACGAUGUAGUUGAAAUUAACAACCAUACAUUAUGAAUCAAUUCCCCACCAGACCGCAACUGCUCAUGGCCUAUCUGAAUGGGCGUCAGUUAAUAUUUUUAUCAUCGUUUCCGCAACGCUGAAACUGAUCCAGUUAACAGUCCUAUGUCAAUUUAUUUAAAAUGUAUUCCUUGUCAGCAUUAUGCUGCCUUUCUGAAAAGUGACUUUAUUUGGUUUGGAAAGUUUGAUUUUGUAUUUAGUUUAAUAUCAAAUUAUAUCAAUGUUUCAAUUCGGAAAGCAUAUUUUAUAUAAACAUGUCCCGACUUACACAUUUACACAUUGUUAAAAAGACGAAUAAAUCUGCUGUACGGGGUUCCGACCCCCAACAUCAAUGCAUGUGUAAACAAUGCUCAAAAAUGGCCAGGUCUUGCUUCUGACAGUUCACAGGGGAAUACCCUUCGAGUUAGGAGUCGCGUUAAGCUCUAGAAUAGUAAGCCGCUUAGCAUUCGGUAAGACCAUCAUUAGCGUUGUUUCCCAGUAUUAUUAGUAUUAAAGGGAUCAUACUAGCCCUUCUGGUCAGGGAGAUCGUAUUUACGGUACUGUCAUCUACAACAAAUCUAACGUAACAUCAAAACCGAACUGGUAUUCAAUGAACAGCUGAGUUAUAUUGACAAUUUUCACUUUUUCCAUUUUGGUUAUUUUACUAAAUCUUUUAACACAAUUUUAUGAGAGAAAAAAUAGAAAUUCGAAACAAAGGCAUUAGUAAACGCGGUGUUAUGUACUGACAUAUGUUUAAAAGCAAUUGGAAACCCCUUAAAGCCAUAUUACAAUUGAUUGUAUCAAUUACGUUUUGUUAAAAUGGCUAUAAACGGACAUCUGAUAGGCCAUACUCAGGCGAUGUGUUGUGCUUGGGGGACAUUGAGUGCAUAAUUACGGGGGUGAUAUUUGCUCGACGCACCCGGCUAUGAAACCUGGCGGUGAUGUGAGAACAAGACGGAGCCACCCUAGCUAGAUUUCUCUCUCGGGGAUCGGUAACCCGACAUACACGUUUAGUAAUUGUCCUCGUUUUAUCACCGCUAUUAUUAUCAAAGUUUUGACCUUUUGUUCAUUGUGGCACCAAGGCCAUCUGCGCGUCCUAAUCGAAUACAAUCGAUGUUGUACCCUCAGCCAUACUUAAACACCGAUUACUAAUCAAUUCUCUCGUGUAUUUCUUUGAACCUUUUUAUAUGCUUUUGCUGACCAAUAUUGUCACGAGUCGAUUCGACUUGUAAUCGAUAUUACGUGUCCGACGCGAGAUCACAAACAGAUGACGAUUUCAACAUACGUCUCCCUGCUCAACAACGGCGCCGUUAAACAACUUCAUAAAAUAUUUACCGCAUCGACGGCUGUGGGGGGAUAGACCAAAUUCCAUUACAUUAGUCGCAGACUAAUUUCUAUGGCUUCCUUAGGUGCAUGUGAGGAAUUCCGACAGACAUUAUGCAAUUUCAUCUUCAAUACCAUCGUGCUGCUUUAGUGUUAUAUUUGCGUUGUCAUUUUUUAAGUUAUUUUUUCACAAUUUUGUGGCAAGUUUUACUACACAGGGUCGCAUGCAAUAACGAACAUGUAAAAAUAGAAGCCAUGUUUAAAUGCGUUUUCCGUACAACGAAUUUAGAAUGAGUCCGAAAAUGGCAAAUUCUUAUAAAUAAGAUUGUUUCUAUCAAAAUAUGCUUUGCCAUUUUAAAGGGAAAAGUCUGAAUUGGCAUGUGUCGUAAUUGUGAUUUGUGUUGUCUGCGAGCCUGUGUUUUGUCGCCUGAUUUUGUAAGUUCCUAGCUAGCGACAUCCUGUGAAUUUACAAUACUGUGUAUGAAUUUUACAUAUUUUUGUAUGUUUUGAGGCCUAUAUUUGUAUGUUAUGCGUUCUCUCACUGCAAAUCAUGAUAAAACAAUUGAUCUCUA